AUGUCCGGCAUCAAGCUUCAUAUCCUCAUCUUCGGCCUAGGUCUUGCUGUUUUUCUGAUGGCGCUGGACAUGUCGAUAGUAGUCACCGCGAUCCCUUAUAUCACAGAAAAGUUCCAGUCCACUGCGGACAUCGGAUGGUACAUGAGCGGAUACCUUUUGACCAUAUGCUCUCUCCAGCCUUUGAGCGGAAAAUUAUACGCGAACUUCUCUCUCAAGUGGACCUUCAUGGCAUUCUUCUUCAUCUUCGAGCUCGGCUCCCUCACCUCCGGCGCUGCUGCAUCGUCAGAAAUGCUGAUAACCGGCCGUGCCCUAGCUGGCGCUGGUGCCGCCGGUCUAAUGUCUGGAACUCUCUCCAUCAUCGCGGUCGUCGUUUCCGUGCGCCUACGUGCCCUCUACACUGGAAUACUCUCCUCGACAUUUGGCAUUGCCACGAUCGCCGGCCCUCUCCUCGGCGGUGCAUUUACUCAGCAUGUCACGUGGCGCUGGGUUUUCUACAUCAAUUUACCUGUUGGUGGGGUUACGAUACUGGCCCUUAUCUACAUGUUCCAUCCUCCAACAAGGAAGGUGGAGAGCGACUCAAUGAAGGAAAGGAUCAAGAGGCUUGAUCUGCUCGGUGCCACCAUGUUCAUCCCCGCCGUCGUCAUGAUACUGAUGGCACUGCAGUGGGGCGGCCUGACCUACCCAUGGGACUCGGGCCGUAUCAUUGGCCUGCUAGUCGGCGGAGGUAUCAUCCUCAUCAUCUUCGCCGUCUGGCAGUGGCGCAUCGGCGACAUGGCAAUGAUUCCUCCCUCGAUUUUCGCACAGCGUUCCGUUUUCUGCGCGUCUCUCACCGCAAUGUUUGGAAUGGGAGCACAGACGAUACUCACCUUAUGGAUGCCGGAAUGGUUCCAAGUUAUCAAGGGAGAUAUGCCCGUGCAGUCCGGCGUCCAUCUUUUGCCCGCCCUCCUUGCUCAAACCGUUUCCGCCAUCGUAUCUGGGGCCCUGAUCACGGUGCUCGGUUACUAUAACCCUUGGAUAAUAGCGGGAACGGCCCUUAUGUCGAUCGGUAGCGGAUUGUUUACAACCUUCGAAGAGGGCACGGGAAACUCCUACUGGAUUGGGUACCAAGUCAUCUAUGGCUUAGGGGCCGGAAUGUUCCUCACAGGCCCCCUUGUCGCCGUUCAGGUAGUGCUCAGCCCUUCAGAUACACCGGUCGGCAUUGCUAUAGUCACUUUCUUCCAAAUGUUCGGCGGCGCUCUCUUCGUGGCUCUCUCGCAGACUAUUUUCAACGAGCAACUAUUGAAGCAACUCGCCAAGAACGUCCCCGGCAUCGACGUUGCUGCUCUACUCGACGCAGGAACUGCGGCCAUCCGGACGGUGGUGACACCAGAGCAGCUCCCCGGGAUACUCGAAUCAUACAAUCGCGCUCUUCUGGACCCGUUCUAUCUUGCGGCUGCCAUCACUGCGGCGUCCGUCUUCUGCGCCUUCGGGCUAGAGUGGGUGAAUGUCAAGGGAAAGAAGCUUGCGGCUGGAGCUGCAUAA